GAAUGCUAACAGGAUCGCCUCGCGCGGCUAUAACAUGAGCGCGCUAGCGACCGGCGCCGCCAAAGCCAGUCUUCCGCUGCGUCCGCCUGACACGGACGUCAUGGUGGCCUCUUUCAAAGUGUUCAAGAAGUCCUCGCCCAACGGCAAGUUGACCAUCUACCUGGGGAAGCGCGACUUCGUCGACCACAUCUCGACGGUCGAGCCCACAGACGGCGUGCUGCUGAUCGACCCCGGCUACCUGGACGGCAGGCAGGUAUACGGCCAGGUCAUCUGCUCAUUCCGCUAUGGUCGCGAGGAGGACGAAGUGAUGGGCCUCAACUUCCAAAAGGACCUGUACCUGGCCUCUGAGCAGGUCUACCCCAGCGUCAACACGGACGUGGCCAACAUGAGCAAGCUGCAGGAGCGUCUGGUGAAGAAGCUCGGCCCGCACGCGGUGCCGUUCACCUUCAACAUCCCGCAGAACGCACCCUCGUCGGUCACGCUGCAGCCUGGCGAGACGGACCAGGGCAACCCCUGCGGCGUCGAGUACUUCCUCAAGCUGUUCGUCGGCGAGUCAGAGCUGGACCGCUCGCACAAGAGGGCAACAGUGGCUCUCAACAUCCGAAAGGUGCAGUAUUCUCCAUCGAAGGGAGGCAGACAGCCCUGCACCAUCGUAAGGAAGGACUUCAUGUUGAGUCCUGGGGAGCUGGAGCUGGAGGCGACGUUGGAUAAGCAGCUGUACCACCACGGCGAGAACGUGGCGGUCAACAUCUGCAUCCGCAACCACAGCAACAAGACGGUGAAGCGGAUCAAGGCGGCGAUCCAGCAGGGCGUCGAGGUGUGCAUCUUCUCCAACGGCAGUUACAAGGCCACCGUGGCCAGCGUCGAAACCGAAGAGGGGUGCCCAGUGGAGCCGGGGCAGUGCCUGCAGAAGGUGCUCAUGCUCAGCCCCACCCUGGAGAACAACAACCGCAGGGGCAUCGCGCUCGACGGCAAGCUCAAGCAGCAGGACACUGGACUGGCCUCGAGCACGCUGCUGGCGAACCCGGACCAGCGAGACGUGUUCGGCAUUGUCGUCUCCUACUCGGUCAAGGUGAAGCUGUUCCUGGGCGCGCUGGGCGGCGAGCUGGUGGCGGAGUUGCCGUUCGUGCUGAUGCACCCAAAGCCGAAUGCCCAGCGGCCGCUGCAGCACGUGGCCAGCACGGAGCAGCUGGAGACGUUCCGCAGCGACAGCCUGGACCUGGCCGAGGACCUGGGUCCCACCGAGACCCAGCCGCUCCAGGACAGGCCCAGCCGCUCCAAGACCAGGUGCCAGCUGCUCCAGGGCCAGGUGGCCGGCCUGAGGCUGCGCCACUAG